GAUUUUAGGUGUAACGUUCCCCUUUUCACUCACAUUCCUGAAGGCUGCUUCUGCCAAAGCUGGUCUUGCCCUACCUAAGUGGUGAUGCUUGGUCAUAAGCUCUAAGGGGGGGAUUGCAGAGCAUGUGGCACGUCCAAAGGUGGUGUGGCAGGAUAUUGGUGACCUGUGAGAGGCUGUUUGAGAGGCCUGUGAUCAAACUGAAGUGGCAAACAGAGCCCUAGCAAUGCAAGCAAAGAGAGAACCUCCUAGAGAAAGCACAAGGGACUGAAAUGGGACCUCCUGUGUGUUUUAAGCAUGACCAUACUGUUCUGCUCAGGCACAAACUGACCUGCUGGCAUUCCCUAGCUGAGUGUGAGGUGAUGGGAGACCCGGAUAUGGAUGAGCUGAGGGAGUUCUUGAAGCUCCAUUAAUGCUUUGUGGUGAGCUGCUGGUAGUGCUAACCUUGGAGCUGGUUCUGUCGAGACGUGAUUAUCUGUCUGCUGGACCUUUUCCUUUGGGGGAAUGCCAGGAAUGUUUUGCAACAUGGAUAAAAUGUGAGGAUUGAAGCUAUGGAGGUGGGUCCCUGGGAUGCUGGGGCUGUGAACUCUGCUAAGGUUCAGUGGCAAAUAUGAACAUUUGUCAACAUUUGACAACAGCUCCUUCUGACAUCAUGAAUCUGCUGGAAUCUGGACCGCAGAGCACUUGCAAUAGCUCUUUUUAAAUUUGAAUUUAAUUUAAAUGAAAAAAAAUAAUCAUCUGGAUCAAUCAUCGUGAUGGCUAGCAAAAGGAAAUCCACAACUCCCUGCAUGAUACCAGUGAAAACACUGGUGCUUCAGGAGACCGAGCAGGACGCUGUGGAAGAUGAUCAUGAAGGACCACAGCAAGAGGCUCCCGUGGAAGGGCCAGCGAGCGAUGCUGGUGCCAGUAACAGCAGCAGUGGAGCUUUGUCCAACGGGCACCGCGGUGCUGCUGACAGCGACACUUACGUCUGCAAGUCUUGCGACUUUGGAUCCCAGGACGUUCAUCAGUUCUUCGGGCACUUGGACUCUGAGCACUCGGACUUCGGCAAAGACCCCGCGUUCGCGUGUGUGCCGUGCGGCUUCCUGGCCAACAGCCACGAGGGGCUCUCGCACCACAACGCGGAGUCGCACGGCGGCGAGACGGGCUUUGUCUGGAGGGUGGCCAAGCAGGACGGCCGUACCACCGUGGAGCAGAGUCUCUGUGAGGCCACAGGCAGCCACGACCUCCCGGGAGAGGUUCCCGAAGAAGGGGCAGACGGCCAGUCUGAAAUCAUCAUUACCAAAACCCCCAUCAUGAAGAUAAUGAAAGGUAAACCCGAGGCCAAAAAAAUCCACACGCUGAAAGAGAGUGUGUCAAGUCAGUUGGGCGGUGAGUCAGAGGUGAAGGAUGGGGAGCAUUCAUUCCCAAACGGGUCCGUGCCAGUCAGUCAACCCACUGCAAGUUCAGCAAAGUCAUCCCACAUAGUGAAUGGCUCCAUCAUAGGAAACGUGCCCGUUCUGCAGGCAGGGGUUGCACAACUUGUGUCGCUGCAGCAGCAACCCCCAUUGCAUCAGCAGCUGCCUACAUCCAAGUCCCUUCCCAAGGUGAUGAUUCCCCUGAGCAGCAUUCCAACAUACAAUGCCGCCAUGGACUCCAACAGCUUCCUGAAAAACUCUUUCCACAAGUUUCCCUAUCCCACCAAAGCUGAGCUCUGCUACUUGACUGUGGUGACCAAGUACCCAGAAGAGCAGCUGAAGAUCUGGUUCACUGCGCAGAGGCUGAAGCAGGGCAUCAGCUGGUCACCGGAGGAGAUCGAAGAUGCCAGGAAGAAGAUGUUCAACACUGUUAUUCAGUCCGUGCCACAACCCACCAUUACAGUUUUGAACACGCCGCUGGUUGCAAAUCCUGGGAGUGUCCCCCAUCUUAUCCAGGCAACAUUACCAGGCCAUGUGGUGGGGCAGCCAGAGGGGACGGGGGGGCUGCUGGUCACGCAGCCCAUCAUGGCAAAUGGGUUGAAGGGCACCAGCUCCUCCUUCACCUUGGCAGUGACUUCUGUCCCCAAGCCGCAGCCGGCGGCGCAGCACAGCACCGUGAGCUCCAGCAGUGCCUCAGGAGUGAAGGUGGUCAACAGUGCCCAGUCACUGCUCACCGCCUGCCCUGCCAUCUCCUCACAGACCUUCCUGGAUCCCAAUGUCUACAAAAACAAGAAGUCCCACGAGCAGCUCUCAGCCCUUAAAGGCAGCUUCUGCAGAAACCAGUUCCCCGGUCAGGCUGAGGUGGAGCGGCUGACAAAGAUCACGGGCUUGUCCACCAAGGAGAUCCGAAAAUGGUUCAGCGACAGGAGGUACCACUACAGGAACGUGAGAGGUGGCCGGGCUGUCUUCCCUGGAGACAGUGCUCUUGAUUCCCUGCCUGAAAUCACCUUUGAUGUCCCGCCCAGAGGAGCUGAGCUGAGCCCUGCGGUGGCGGCGGCCACGCCGGCCCCUCAGCACCCGCCGCGACGGCAGUCGUGGCACCAGGCACCUGACUUCACCCCAACCAAAUACAAGGAGCGGGCACCAGAGCAGCUGAAGGCCCUGGAGAGCAGUUUUGCCCAAAAUCCUCUUCCUGCAGAGGAAGAGGUGAACCGCCUGAGGGGGGAAACGAAGAUGACACGGAGGGAGAUCGACAGCUGGUUCUCGGAGAGGAGGAAGAAGAAGGUGGCGGAAGAAAACAAGAAAGUGGAAGAGGCGACUCAGCAGGAAGAGGAGGAGGCGGAGAAUGGUGGCGGGGAAGGGGAGGACUCCUCGGAUGAGCAGAGGGCUUCGAGUGAAAACGGCUCAGUCGACGCCUCUGGCAACAACGUGAACUCGGCAGAGCGGAAGGUGAGUCCCAUCAAAAUCAACCUGAAGAACCUGCGAGUGACCGAGUCCAACGGCAAAACCGAGGUACCGGGGACCGGCGCAAACGAGAAGGGGGAAGGCAGCUCCAGCCGGCCGCCCACCCCUCCCAAAACCAAACUGAACUUCAAAAAAACGGCCCAGCAGCGGCAUCUGCUGAAGCAAAUGUUCGUGCAGACCCAGCGUCCCACGAACCAGGAGUAUGACGCCAUCGUGUCCCAGACGGGCCUGCCGCGGGCCGAGGUCAUUCGCUGGUUCGGGGACAGCCGGUAUGGCUACAAGAACGGGCAGCUCAAGUGGUAUGAGAACUACCGGCGGGGGGUCUUUCCCCCGGGGCUGGUGGAGGUCAGCCCUGCCAGCAGGGAGGUGCUGGAGGACUACUACGAGAAGCACAAGGGGCUGCGGGAGGAGGACGUGCCCGGCCUGUGCGAGCGCUCCCACCUCGGCGCCCAGCAGCUCAAGGUGUGGUUUGCCAUGAAGGCAGAGGAGGAAGGCAGGGGCUCUGGCUCGGAGGAGGCCUGUGCCGGCAGGGCCGCGGGGAGCCGCAAAGGGCCGAGUGAAGCCGGCGCGGAGGCGUCGGAGAGCAGCGAGGCCUGGGAGCCGGUCGGCCCGGAGGGCAGCGCAGGGACCCCCGACGCCCCCGGCCCGCCGCCCACCACGCGGCUGGAAACAGAGUGAACUGAAACCACCAGCCCUGGAGGAUCCGCUCUUACCCUCGAGAAGAAAUUUGUGAUCUUUAAGCAACCCACGGGCCGGCCUGAUCCAAACCUGGGGAGCAGGACGUGGUGAUGAAGCACUGCCAUAAAUGAGACCUUUGGGCACAGCACACGAGACAGCACGUGCACAGACUGGGCCCUCGGUGCCGAGCUCUCGUGGCCCAGCCGAGGGCUGCCUGAGGCGGGGGCUCGGCUCGCACCCAGGAAAUAGGAUGCUCCUGUUUGCUUUCCAGUGACAGACUUUCAGAUUUCAUAUUCAUAUACCGAUGCCUACAGCUGCCUAUACAAGCAUAACGAAUCUCAGACAUUGUGUAUACAAGGUCGUUGCUUAGAUAUGGACUAUCAUGGCAUAGUACUUGUUUCUUGUUUCUUUUUUUUUUUUUUUCAUCUGUCCGUUAAGGUGUUUGUUCUCUAAAGGUUGGCAUGGCUGCAUAUAUCCUCUCUGCCCCUUCUGGUCCUGGCAGUGAAGGGCUUUGUGGGCAAACAAGUGUGUGUGUUAGGAGAGGGAUCUGAGAAGAAAACUGCCAGUCUUGAAUUUAAGUUGAGCAAGAUUCUUAAUCCCUACAGAUGAGGUUAGAGUCAGCCUUGUUCUGAUAAAUAGCAGGUUCCCAGACCCAGGCAGCCCAGGAGUUUGAUGUCAUUUUGUCCCUUGCUGGCUAGAACACUUUCCCCUGUGUUCCUGGAGACUGACUGUAGCAGGCUAUUAAAUCUCCAAGUCUCUCUUUAAUCACUGAGAACUAGCACAUAAUAAUUUUUGCAUCCUGACCUGGAAUCCUUUUCAUUGUUCAGAGAGAACAGGCUGUUCUUCAGAGAACAAACACACGGAAUCGCAGCGUGGCUGUGAGUGGUUCAAGUCAUUUUUGUCUCCAAGGGAUGGUGAGGCAGCAGCUCUGCUGCAGUCAGGAAGUUUCCUUCUUGCAGCCCUACAUGGCAGAUCCUCCUGGAGCACUGCUGGUGACUUCAAGUGUUUGUUCCAGUCUUUUUUUUUCUUUUUUUUUUUUUUUUCCAUUUUUCCAGGCCAUGUGCAAUGUUUCUGGCAAAAUAGCAAAAUAAAUUUCCCAGUUAACCUGCCUGCUGCCUGGUACCUGUACAUUUUUAAUGUGUGUUGUCCUGGGUGGUUGCUGUGUGAUGCAACUGCUUGAAGGUUUGUUUUUUUUAAAUAUUCUUUGCUAAUAGAAAACAAGGCCUAGAAGGGAAACUCUUGAGCUGGAUAGUCCAGCCAAAUGCUGUGUCAGACCAUUCUGUCACAAACUAAUCAAAUCCCAGCUCCAAAUUCAUUCCAUGUCUUGCCUUCACUUUUGCUCUUGGAAGGCUCUUCCAGAACUUCACUGCCUUUGAGUGGUUAGAAACUUUAUUUAAAUUUCUAGUUUGAAUUAAUUCGUGGCUGGUUCAUUGCUGGUUUCUUUUGGAGCCAACAUUGUCCUUUAACUUAAAUAGUUUUGGUGUUUAUCCGCUGAUGUAUUUAUGGCGAGUAGUCAUAGCUCCUUAUUUUUGCCAAGCCAACUCAGCCAAGCUUUUUCAGUAGAAGUUUUUUAUUUAGUGAGAGCUUUUUAAUGUGGGAGACUUUAUUGUUAGUGGUAAAUGAUAUUUAUUAGGAGGGUGGGUAGCAAACCCUGAAGGAUCGGAUCCAGAGAUUUACAAAAAAUCUGGUUUAAAAACAAAAAAGCUCUUUCAGAACCUCUUCCAAAGAUGGUGUCUGAUUUCUACCUUUAAUUGCCCUUGCUUUUGCAAUUCUUUCUUUGUCCCCUCUUUGAGGCUGCCUUGCUCAGCUGCUGGAAGGGGCUGUAUCUGCUCAGUGCUCUGGCAGAGGGGCUUCCCCUUGCCCAGCAGGAUGUGCUGGGUGCCUGUGCCUGAGUUCAUGGGGCUCCCUGGCACACAGGGGAUGAUCCCCAUGGCCAAGUGUGACCAUCUGCUUCAAGAUGGAGGUGACCUGCACCCCAGCGAGCCGGGGUGAUGUUUUGGAUGCACCCACUCGCACGGUGCCCAUCCCGUAGCAGUGAGAUGGACCAUCCCCACCGUGCUCUGAGCAGGGCUGGCACCGACCCAGAGCACCCUGCUGUGGCACCAGGCUCCCUAAAUGUCUCUUUAGAAGCACUACUGAUGGUCAUGGCAUGGUUGGAGGUGUGACCAGCAGCCAUCCCACCUUGCCUCCGUGUUGGCUCAUCCCCACUGCUCCCCUUGGGGGUGGCUGCACUGCCAGAGCCCCAGGGGUUCACCUUCACGGGUGCAAUCCUGCACACCCUAAAAUAUCACAGGUGAUGGGAGAAUCUGGGUGGGGCUAGAGCUGGAAAGCAGAUCUGUGAGUCGUGUGGCCUGAGAUAGGGGGUGUAUGUGCAGUGCCACCUUCAGAGAACAAAUACAGGUAGGUCAAUUUACUCUGUAGUGUCUAUGUACAUGCAGGUUUAUUUAAGUACACAUAUAUACAGUUCAGAUAUGCCAUUGAUUCUUUAUUGCAUUAAGAUGUACAUUAAAAAUGUACACUUUUACUAACUACUUGCUAUAUAAAUAUGUUGGAAGUGUAGUUUGCCCAUUCAAGGUGAUUUUCUGUGGGAUUUUUGGUGUACACUUAAAGGUCUAUGGCUUAAUUGGAAGAGUGAUUCCCCACUCCAUCUACAGAAAUGCUUAAGGACUAUGGUAUGAACUGGUCCCUUCAAACCACGUUUCCAUGCACUAGCUGAAAUAUUUUGCACUUGGAUUAUAUUCAGCCAGUUUUCCAGAAAAAUUGAAAAGAAAUCUUGUGAGCUAGAGGGAGAAUUUCCCGGUGUACACAGAAAAAACAGCCUUGAGGGUUGGAAGCUGCUGAGGUUUUUGAGCUUUGUCUCCAUGCAUUCAUACAAGCACAGCAGGAGUUUUCUUUCUUUUGGGUCAAAGGAAUUUUAAAAAGUGGUUCCAUGCAGACUCCCCUUGGACGUGGCGACGGGGCUGGCAAACGCCACUGCGUGGGGAGGGUGAGAUUUAGAGACAAAAAAAAGUCAAAAAGUGAUCGAGUUCCCUUUCUACUCCUACAUUCCUUGUUAUCUGCAUUUUUUAGUUGACUUGAAAUCUCCAUAAAAGUAUAAGCUGAAGAUUUUUGAGGGUUUAGCUCUGUGGUCCCCUGUUUCUCUGUUGAGAAGGAGAAGCAGGUGCCAUCUCCAGACAGACUCGGGUUUUGGUGCAGGACAUUGGAAAUGUGUUUGCAUCCAAAACUGAAAGGAAAAAUUGAGAGGUGGCUUGACAGUCCCAGCAGCAGCUCUUGUGGUGUUAAGAGGAAGUGUCACUACAGUUCUACACAGUGUGUGAAUAUUUAUCAUCAUCUAAUCAAAGAUGACUAUCUUGACUUGAAAGGAGGGGUGUAAGAUCGAGGUGAUGUAGCCAGCAUCAGUAAGGAAGGGAAAUUAUAUUCUCCACCUCCAUCAGCUCUGUCUGAGCUUGGGCUUGGCAGGCACAGCAGUAACCAUCAUUUUUAAUCCAUGUGAAUCUUGUUACUUAUGUCUCUGAGACUGCUUAGAUUAAGGGCACAAUCCAAUUGCUUAAUAACCCGAAACCCUGAUUUGUGCCAGCCUUAGACAUGGCUCUGUGUUUCAUUUGGGUACCUUAUUUUUCAGGUCCAUAAUUAGCAUCCUGGAAAUCAUUCUUUUUUUUUUUUAUUUUUUUUUAUUUUUUUAAAGCAGGACACUAAACCAACCAUAAUCUGCAGGCUCCUAUUUCCACUUGCCUGAGAGGUGAGCGCUGAUGGACACCAGGCCUGCAUCUGGUGGGAGGAUGGGCACAGGUGCUUGGAGGUAUUUUGUGUGCCUUCAUGUCCCCUCCCUGCCAAGGAUUUGUGUUGGUCACCAUGAGAAGCAACCGGCAAAAGCAGCAGCUGAAACCCUUUACCUGGCUGGGGGAUGCUCUCGCUGGAGCUGCAAGAUACCUGCUUGGUUAAUUUUUGCUAAGUGUCCCUUGACUGUUCAGGAGAAGAAGGAGACUGUAGAAGGCAAGUUUUACAUUUAGGGUUUUGUGAUUUUGAUUUUUUUUUUUAAAUUGAAAAGCAACAGUUUGAUCACAUGGAGGAGUGUUGUAUUCUGUCUUCCCUGCAGCCCCUCUCUCUUAGAGUUGUAACAGAGACAACCUGACUGGAAGCUGGAUCACUGGGAAUCAGAAGAGAGAGAUGAUUUUCAGCACUUAGGCACAAAUUACAGUGUUGACAGUAUUUCAAAUACUUGUAAACUUCUGUCUCCAGUUACCCUGAUAACUUUGGCUUUGCUCUUUUCAAAUUGAUCAGGGUCCUGAUGUGAUUCAGCUCACCUGCAACCACUGGUGUCAAGACCCAGCUGAUCCCCAAAACAGCAGGGAAGAUUAGGCAACACUUCACAUGGAGAGGGAUGAGGCACUUGCAGGCUCUCCCUUUUUUUCUUUUUUUAAAUUGGGAGGUUUAGUUUCUGCUCUAUGUUUUACUGGCAGUGGUCCUGCCAGGAGUGCUGGAUUGGCAUCACAAACUUUAGGGCAGACCAAGGGAGCUCUGUUACCUAAGCAGUGAAUUUUUAUUUUUUUUUUUAAAUUUUGGGUUUUCUGGUUAUUGCCCAAGUGCUCUGUUUGCUGACAUUGGCCAUAUUUUGAUGGCACAAUUAAAGCCCCCUUUUACCUGCACUGAUGGAGGGCAGUGUUAGGAGGACUCUUGCUUACUGGUGCUAGUGAGGGUUGGGCUAGGAAUCCAUGGCAUAGAAAACUUCUAGCUAAAAUUGCACUUUCUCUCUGCCCCAUCUGGCUCGUGGUGGUGUUAUGGGUACGUGGCUAUGAUUCCCCUUGCACAUACUAACAUUGCACUAAAAGAGAGACUUUGGGAACAGCGUGUUGAUCACUUUGUUUCUCAGCAGACCACAAAGUCAGCCUAAUGGGGUCUUUUUUUUUUUUUUUUUAAUUAUUGUUAUUUAGAAAUCACGCUGGUGCUGAAUGACCUGGAAUUUUUGCUUGGAUUUAUCCAAAGGAAAAUGUAAUUGUAGCUGCAAUGGGACCUUUCAUAAGGGUGGCCUUGCAGUGAGGGAGCAGAGCGAGGGCUCUGCUGUGUAAACCGUCUUUGUACUGGGGAGGUGUGGGGGGUUCCAGUGGGGUUGUUACUGUGUUUUUUUUCAAGACCACAAUUUUAAAUGGUCACCUUGGCAAUCGUGUGAAACAGGAAAUAGUUUUUACUUUUGGUAAAGGUUUUAAAGAGGGAAAAAAAAAGUGAAGCUGCCUGUGAUUGUGGGCUGUAGCUAUUAUUAGGGCUAGGGUAGCUUGUACCUGCUAUGGACUUUACCUGCUCUUAUUCUGAGGGCAAGAACUCCCUGUAGCAACAAUGCCACUUCUGAGAAGUGAAUGGCAAGUUUCCCUUCCUUGUGUAUAUGUGGAUGUGAGGGUGGGCGAGGGGAAGAGCUUGCUUGUACAGUUUGUUGAAAUGAAACCAGACAUUUUUGGUUGUUCCUAAAUAAAGAGCGUAAAAGACAA